CCGGAUCAUGCUGGGGGCCCCGGAGGAGGCGAGCGCGAGGGGCCGGCCUGCGGCGAUCGGGAGGCGCCCCCCUCUCUGAGACGCCCCCACCUGCUGCCAUGCGCCGCCGCCUCGAGUGCCCAGCCUGUCGCCAAACUUUCCGGGUGUCAGCCCGGCGUCGGGCGCAUUUCUGAGCCGAGCGUCCCGGGGACGGAGAACUCAGCUGGCUGCGGGCGAUCGGCUGCUCCCCGGAGCCGCGGAGGGAGUACUUUUCCCUGGAAGCGGAGCCCCGGCGGUCCCUCUCCAGCCCUGCGGGGCGAAGAGCCGAGCGCUGCCGCAACAGUUGCUCUUUGGACGGGUUUCUGGAAGAGAAAAAGAAACCAACAGGUUGCCAGCCCGGGCGCCACUCGCGAGUCCGCGGAGAGGGACGCCCCGGCCCCGGGUUCCCCGGCCUGUGCCGGCCCCGCGCGGGCGGCGGGGGGCGCGGGGAGGGAGGGGGCUAUGGCUCGGCCUGACCCGUGCGCGCCGCCCUCGCUGCUGCUGCUGCUCCUGGCGCAGCUGGCGGGCCGGGCGGCGGCCGCCUCCAAGGCCCCGGUGUGCCAGGAGAUCACGGUGCCCAUGUGCCGCGGCAUCGGCUACAACCUGACGCACAUGCCCAACCAGUUCAACCAUGACACGCAGGACGAGGCGGGCCUGGAGGUGCACCAGUUCUGGCCGCUGGUGGAGAUCCACUGCUCGCCGGACCUGCGCUUCUUCCUGUGCUCCAUGUACACGCCCAUCUGCCUGCCGGACUACCACAAGCCGCUGCCGCCCUGCCGCUCGGUGUGCGAGCGCGCCAAAGCCGGCUGCUCGCCGCUCAUGCGCCAGUACGGCUUCGCCUGGCCCGAGCGCAUGAGCUGCGACCGCCUCCCGGUGCUGGGCCGCGACGCCGAGAUCCUGUGCAUGGAUUACAACCACAGCGAGGCCACCACGGCGCCCCCCAGGCCCGUCCCGGCCAAGCCCACCCUCCCGGGCCCACCCGGGGUGCCGGCUCCGGGGAGCGAGUGCGCCGCGGGGGGACCUUCGGUGUGCAAGUGCCGAGAGCCGUUCGUGCCCAUCCUGAAGGAGUCGCACCCGCUGUACAACAAGGUGCGGACGGGCCAGGUGCCCAACUGCGCGGUGCCCUGCUACCAGCCGUCCUUCAGCCCCGACGAGCGCACGUUCGCCACCUUCUGGAUCGGCCUGUGGUCGGUGCUGUGCUUUAUCUCCACCUCCACCACGGUGGCCACCUUCCUCAUAGACAUGGAGCGCUUCCGCUACCCCGAGCGCCCCAUCAUCUUCCUGUCGGCCUGCUACCUGUGCGUGUCCCUGGGCUUUCUGGUGCGCCUGGUCGUGGGCCACGCCAGCGUCGCCUGCAGCCGCGAGCACAGCCACAUCCACUACGAGACGACGGGCCCUGCGCUGUGCACGGUGGUCUUCUUGCUCGUCUACUUCUUCGGCAUGGCCAGCUCCAUCUGGUGGGUCAUCCUGUCGCUCACCUGGUUCCUGGCGGCGGGCAUGAAGUGGGGCAACGAGGCCAUCGCGGGCUACGCGCAGUACUUCCACCUGGCCGCGUGGCUCAUCCCCAGCGUCAAGUCCAUCACGGCGCUGGCCCUGAGCUCCGUGGACGGGGAUCCGGUGGCCGGCAUCUGCUACGUGGGCAACCAGAACCUGAACUCGCUGCGCGGCUUCGUGCUGGGCCCGCUGGUGCUCUACCUGCUGGUGGGCACGCUCUUCCUCCUGGCGGGCUUCGUGUCGCUCUUUCGCAUCCGCAGCGUGAUCAAGCAGGGCGGCACGAAGACGGACAAGCUGGAGAAGCUCAUGAUCCGCAUCGGCAUCUUCACGCUGCUCUACACCGUGCCCGCCAGCAUCGUGGUGGCCUGCUACCUGUACGAGCAGCACUACCGCGAGAGCUGGGAGGCCGCGCUCACCUGCGCCUGCCCCGGCCCCGACGCCGGCCAGCCGCGCGCCAAGCCCGAGUACUGGGUGCUCAUGCUCAAGUACUUCAUGUGCCUCGUGGUGGGCAUCACGUCGGGCGUCUGGAUCUGGUCUGGCAAGACGGUGGAGUCGUGGCGGCGCUUCACCAGCCGCUGCUGCUGCCGCCCGCGACGGGGCCACAAGAGCGGGGGCGCCACGGCCGCGGGGGACUAUGCCGAGGCGAGGGCCGCGCUGACGGGCAGGACCGGGCCCCCGGGCCCCGCCGCCGCCUACCACAAGCAGGUGUCCCUGUCGCACGUGUAGCAGGCAGGCAGGCCGCAGCCCAAGGGGCCCGGCCUGCAGAGGGAGGGCGCUGAGUGGCAGCUGGCCCGGGUCACCUCCAUUUACCUGCAGUGGUGCUGACGCCCCCUCCUCGGGAACUUGAGGAGGGGAGAGGGGCAGAUUCAAGGGACCCCCCCCAACCCUGUCCCAGGACUUCUCAAAGGGGCCCAGCUCUCGAGUAUUCUAUUUUGCGUUUCUUACUGCCUUCUUUGGGGGGGGGGGGGGGGGGACUGUUUUUAAUUUAUAUGCAUUUCCCCCUAAUUUUUAACUGUUGCAUUUUGGCAACGAAAUUUACCUUUGCUUUGGUACUUUACAGUCCUAAUGUUGGCAUUAUAAUGAAGUUCCACUUGGUUCAGGUUUCUUUGAACUGUGUGGUCUAAUUUGGGAAAAUAUAUUUCCUGUACUCGUGUCUUUAAAGAAAAAUGUGAACAGUGAACGUUUGGGUUGCUGUGACUGGGAAGUUGUCCCGUGUGCUUUUUCAGCUUGUUUCACCUUCCACUGCUUAAAGUAUCCAAGAUAUUUUAAGGUGAGCUGCUCCACCUGUUCAUAGUUAGGAGAAGGAUAUAAGUUAGGGGGAAACCCCAAAUCAUCCCAAGGAGGGGGAGGGAGCAUAAUGUGGGUAGGGCCUCCUACAAGUAGCAAGAUUAAGGAGGCUUUAGGGAUUUUUGUGUUCAUCCUAGCUUUCUUUCGGGAGUUUGGACCCCUCUUCCCCAUCCCCCACCCCAACUUGUAAUCAUUACUAACAGCGCAGGCCAUUGUGUCUUGAAUAAGUUAGAGGUAGCAUUAUAGUAUAAAUAUUUGAAAUAGUUGAGAAACUAAGGGAUGGUGAUUUGGUUGAGCUUGAAUUCUAGACCGUUAAGAUGGCAAGUUUAUGCCAAAGAAGUAGUUCUUAAUAAGCUUCAGUGACCCCAAUUUUUAAAAAAGAAACUUGUUAGAAUUUUGGUAAAAGUAAACCCACUCCCUUCUGGAAGCACUGAGUGACAGCUGCUAAAAGGGGGAAUCUUUUCUAGAGUUAGGGACUAAAAUGGAUAUACCUCCAGUAAUUAAGUAAAUUUCCAACACUUCUCUUAUCUGCUCCACCCCCUUCCUACCUCCUUUAUCAUGUUAAACAGUCUUUUUUGCUUUUCUUACUCCUCCCCUCCUGGAGAGCAGUGAUUAGAAACCACACCCACCCUUGAAUGAGGUGCUUGAACUGGGGGAGGGAGGCUGGCUACCUGUGAACAAACAUUGCAGCAAUGAGGGAAAAUAGGUGUCCAUGGACUUUGGACUAUUUUACAGCCAGAUAUUCCAAAAGCAGCAAGAUAACUGCUCUUUGCAGUCUCUAAAAACAAAUGAACCCCCUAACACAUUUGCACAACCUUUUAAUACAGGGAUCAGUCUACUGCUGCAGCAGCAGAAGGCUGUUCACCCACCCCCACCUUCAUCUAUUUUUCUUUUCCUCCUUUACUGACAAUCUAGUGGUGAGUGUGAUGAGUGUGAGCACACACACACACACAUACUCACACUGCUGUUAGAGAAUGCUAUUUGCUUUCCUAAUCUGUUUAAUCAUUCCUUCAUUCAUAUAAGAAAACCCAUAUAUUGAUGAACACACACACACACACACACACACAGAGGUUUCUUUACUAUUAGAAAGUUCUGUUUGCUUUUCCUAAUCUGUUUAACCAUUCAUUCAUGAAGAGUGUGAGGCCAUUACUGGGGAAAGGGGUGACUGUGCAUUGACCAGUAAAACACCAAUGACCAAAACUGAGAGGGGACUAUAUUUAGGAAGCUAAAAAAUGGCAACAGCAAUUGAAAUUUAAGAAGGCCUCCCUAGAAGAGCAAGUCUAGGCAUUUGCACUUCAUUGAUACCAAAGUUGAAAAACAGAUUAAAGCCCAGGUCAAUUUUUUACUUCAUGGAUAGUAAGUAAAUAAAUGCAGUCUGAACUUGCUGGAUACUUGCUGGUUGGGGAGCUGCCUGGUACUACACUCUCUAAAACUGUUCAUGUGAAAAUGCACUGCUCUUACACACUCAUCUUCUGAAUCAACAUUAAAAUCUCAGUGGAUUCCACAAAAGCUAGUACACAUAGCUGUAGAUCUUUUUGCACAGCUCACUACUCUUGAGAAGUUUCUUACAACCUUGAACUAGAUCCCUGUCUAAAGGCCAUUUCCUCUUGUAUUUUUCAAAUGAGGACCUUUCCUGAUCACCUUGACCUCUUCCUCCACUUAGUAUGUCUGCCCAGAAAAUACAAGGAGUGUUUUGCCACCUUCAAUCAUCGUGCCUAAAUUGGAAGACUAAUUUGUCUAAAUGUUAUAGAUGAAGUGAAUCAAAGUGAUUGGAUUCAUUUUCAAAAGAUAUUUUUUUCAUUUUUUGGAACAUGACACACCUAAAAAUACUUUAAAAAUUACACAAUUAAGACAGGAUACGAAGCCAAGGAGAGGCAAAAUAGGUCAAGUUUUCUGGGAUCUAGCUCAUAACCAACUUUUAGGGUCACCUCUUUGUUUUCAGUCUCUUGGUCUCACCCUUGCUCUCCUUUUCCCUUCUUCAACAAUAAAGCCCACCUGCUUCCCUAACUUACUAGUAUAACUUACUAGUAUCAACCACCCCAGCCCCUACCCAGGGUGAAUAGUGGGAUGUUUAUUUAGGGUCACCCCCCUAUUUCCAUGCCACACACAGUUUUCUCAGUUUGCAUUUUAUUAUGCAAUUAUAGAAAGGUGGUGGGGUGGCUCAGCAACAUCACAGCUAGCCUUGUGAAGCUGGAGAGGAUUCUGGGCUCAGUGUCUAGUCUGGCGGGCAGAUUCCUGGCUGGCUCUUUCACGGUUCGGUUUAAGCAAUGAUAAGGGGGUGAAGAUUUAGUUAGAAGGUUGUCAAAAGGAACUCAUGUGACCUCAAGUGAUCACUUGAUCAGGCUUUAGGAAGUCUUUUUUUAUAUGUUUUCCCUCCACACAUUUUGGAUUGUCUAAAUGGGCUGAAAAUCAUUUUUCUUGGUGCCUUAUUGGUUUAUCCUUGUAAACCUUUGUCAUAUUUUCACGUGACCGUUUCCAGUGACAGGCCUCUGUGUAUGUGUGUGUGUGUGUUGUGUGUAAUUGUGCGCAUGUACAAGCUUAAAUAAUGUGCCGACAGCACUGUUUCAAAGUUGGUAUUCAUUAGGCUGUUUCCUCCUGGGCCAGGGCUGCACUAAUCCUGACACCGGCUGCCGGGAGGAAACCUCAUGGAUCCCACACCGAACCUUAAUAACAGCAUCCGUGACCUGCACUCUCAAGUACAGAAUGGGAACCCCAGAGCUAGGAAAUGUAGUUGUAUAUUUUAAUGAACUGCUACCCUGCUAAAGAGGCUUCUUUCACUUUUGUGCUCUUACAGAAAGACCAAGGGGGGUAAAAGGGACAAAGCUUUGAAUAACUGCUUUCUAACACCAAAUGUGGCAAACAGGACAGGACAUCACAAACCCAGGCAGGUGUGAGGUGCAGUGGCUGAGAAUUGCCUGCUCCCCCUCUAUGGCCUUUCUUGCUUCCACAGUCCAAUCAAGUGAUCCUGGGAAAGAAAUAGGCCUGGGUUGGGGAGGGCGGUUCUGAAAGAAAAGGCUACCAAGACAUUAAAGCAGGGUGAAGGGGAGGCAAGAUGCAAGCAAGUAGCCCGACUCACAUUUCUCAAAAGCUGCUAGCAGCUUGAUGACAAUUACAGGAUUUAUUUCAGCCAGGACAAUGUCUGUGGUGCAUCAUUUUAAGACACUAUUCAUGUUGUUACAAACUGUAUGUACAGUGUGUAUGUGUUGUUGGUAUGUAUAUACAUAAUAUAUAUUAUAUAUAUGAGAGAUUUAGUGACUUUUGAUACGGGUUUGGUGAAUUUAUUACUGAGCCAAAUGAGGCACAUACCGAGUCAGUAGUUUGAGUCCAGGGCAUUCAGUACUUUUCAUGAUUUCCACAUAUGUAUAGUGCCUAGCCAGGGCAGUAUCCUCACUGUCGUGUUAAAUUCAGAACUCACAAACCAGAGCCGGUGAUAUUUUACUUGUAGACAAUCAACUUGAAUCUAUAAAUUAUUACUGGCAGAUCAUUACAAUUCUGAAUCCAUAACACUAACAAAAGGAACCCCAGAGCAUCUUGAUAAGUUUUUGGUUUGGUUUUGUUCCUGGAAGUAAGUAGAACAGCAAUUGUCUGUGGUUAUGUUAGUCUCCAGAUACUUAAUUUGCUGACCUUAUUUCAGAAAAAAUUUGUAUGUAUUAUAUUUGUGGGAAGGUAAAAUAAUGGUUUGAGAUUUUUAUUAAAUAUGAAGAGUAGUUAUUUAUGAAAAACAAAGAAAUGUCUAUUUUUGUUUCUUUGUUCCCAAUUAAUGUAGAUAAAUUUUAAAGUGCAUUAAAGCAAUGGUAAAGAAAAAAAAAGAUGCUGUACAAGUGUUUUUCUCCUCAUGCUUUUAUGGAGAGACUCCUUUCGAAGUGUAUCUGAGGAGAUUCGUGGAUUCUAACUUCAUAAUCAGGUUCUCAGAUGUACUUAAAAUACAAGUGGCAACAUUUUUAUUAAUAAGAAAAUAAUACAAAUUCCAAUCAUCAGAACUAAUGAAAACGACUUACUUGAAUCUACUGCAUGGGCUUCUGCUGACCCUGUGGUCGUUUCAUGACUCACUGGAAGAAAUGAAGGCAAACCCGCGGGAUGGACGUUGCCGGAGACCGUGUUCCAUUUUACCAGCUUUCUGCCUAUAAUCUCUACAGAACUGUUUGAAUAGCGGUGGUGCUAUUCUGUGUGUGUGAUUGGGGGCAGGAACUCCCAAAACUGCCUCACUCAGCAUAGAUACACAAGUGGUAUUAAGCUUUAGCUACAAGUCAGGGAACCCAAAGGAGAGGUAUAGACAGGUCUGGAGUUGGCACUUCCAAGGUAACCUGGACAGAUGCUUAGCAACCUGCGGUGGUCUCAUCAGUACUUUCUAGAGGCCGCUGUUUUGAUGAAAUGCAGAUUAGCCACCCGGCUCCCAGCCAUCAACUGUUAAUACCCAGCGUCAGCGUUCUCCAGCAAUGCUGAGGCACAAGUACAUGGGAAAUGAUGGGGCCUGAGGAGGUUAAAAUGUUUGGAGAAAAUAAGACAAACCUAGUAAGAGGAUAUCAAUCUGUAAUUUAAAUCAAAGUGUGUGCUAUGCACAUUAGACUUGUACGUAAGUUAGGGAAGUUGAGAAACAGAAAAUACAAUUGACCAGGAUACUGACAGAAGAGAAACUGUACCUUACAUGUACAGGAGUCCAGUUGGCACACUUUCAUGUGCUUUUCCUCCUAAUAGAAGUGGGCAAAGGGCAAAGUCACAAGCUGGUGCAAAGGGACUGUAGGACUUAGAACCUUGGAGAAAUUAGUAAUGCUUUUUAGUGCCAGAGCGCCUUACCUGGUCACAUCCUGUAAAGGAUGGGAACUCGACGGAUGGCUGGAGAUGCAGAGUAGUUACGUUCGUAGACUUGUGAGCCAGACAGGCAAGGGGUUCAAAUUCCAGUUCCACCAUCUAUGGGUGAUGGGAUCCUAGACACAUCAACCUCAGUACUUCGGUUUUCUCUUGUGUGAAAUAGUACUUACAUCUUAGGGUUCAGGGGAUCUAAGGGAUUGUAUUAGUUUAAGGUAAGUAAAGCAAGGAGGAAGCAGCUGUUGAGGCACAGGAUGGAAAAGGAAUUGGAAGGCUAGGUUUUUCAAAUUUGAGUCCGUAUAAGAAUUAUUUGGACUUCCUAUUAAAAAUGCAGAUUCCCAGACUUCAGCUCCAGGAAUUGAGAUUCAGUAGGUCUGGGGCACAAGAAGCCACUGCAUUUCUCAAGUAAACUUUAUUUUGGAAUUAACUUAGGUUUACAGAAAAGUUGCGAAGAUAAUUCAGAGUUCCUGUAUAAUUCUUACCCACUUUCCCCUAAUGUUAACAUUAUCAUAGCACAUUUGUCAAACUAAGAAGUCAACAUUGGCACAUUGUACUAGUAAUUCCAGACUUCAUUUAGAUUUCCCCAGAUUUUCCACUAAUGUUCUUUAUUUGUUCCAGGAUUCAAUCCAGGAUUCCACAUUACAUUUAGAGAAGCUUCAUUUUUCAUAGGCACUUCCAGCUGAUGAGAGGAAUCUUGAGAAACGCUAGAAUGUGUAAAGGCCUGAGCAAAAUCAAAUUGUCCACCCCCAUCUUGGGGAGAAGAAUGUAAUUCUCAAGCAAAAGAGAAUAAAUUGGUGGAGGGGGAUAGAAACAAGGUUGAUUUUAGAUAGGGAUGGAAUCCCCGCCAUUAAAGGAGACAGGGUUACCUUAAGGCCUCUACUCCUAAAGCCAGAUGAACCGAAUUUUGGAAUUGAAGGGGUUGCUGCCUAGACUGAGAUUCAUCUAAGGUGUGGGCGGCUCUGGGGAGUCAGCAAGUGCAGUAAGUUCUCAGCUACUUUGAGAAACACAGGAGGGUUCAAAAUAGGUGAUUAAAGGGCUAGUUAGCCUGUGAGUAAAUUUUUAUGUCCUGGAAAUAAACUUGUAUUUCCUGGAACCUGGUAAUAAUGCUUUGGAGAUGGGUGAAAUAGCAACCAACAUCAAGCCACAAUGGACACUAGAAGAAGGUCAGAGGGGGAAGACUGAGGUGACCCUGGGCCCUCAAGAGCCGUGAAAAAUGGUGAGAUACAGGGGCCACCUUUGAGAGGGCUAGAAAGUUAGUGGAAUUAAGAAGGGUAUUAAGAUGACUAGAUGCUUAAAGCUAAACUAAUUGGCGGUCUUGAGAACCUUGGGUUCUGAAAUUUGUCUAGUCAGGUUCAAAUUACUUCGCGCCUUUCAAUAGCAGUUUUGUUUUUGUGUAGAGCUGGAGUGUAGGCCAGAGGUGUGGGAAUGAGAGGAUUCACCAGAGUGGGGAGCAGAACAGGCAGAUCCACUAAAAUACACUGCUGAGGGGAGCAGCGGGCAAGACAGGGGAAGUCUGCUGCGCCAUGUGGGUCAGCGCUGGGGAUGGAACUCAAGACUGUAGCUGUCAUAGUGCUUAAGACUUAACCCCUAGGCCACCUCAAUAGCAGUUUCAAUCAUCACCUAACCUGUUCCUUUUAAAAGGACUGCUAAACUUUUCUCAUGACUCAGGAUCCUUUGAAUUUGUAUACUUUCACUUUCCUAGCUCUUUCUGCACCCUAGAGAUCCUAAAUCACACACUGAUACUAAAAUUUCACAUCAAGUGCGUAUCGUCUCAUUGCCAAACCCAUUUAAAAGUUCAGUAGAAACUGCCUCAGAAACCAAACAGAUUGAGCCUGUGUCCAGGGAUGGGGGCAGGCUUUGCAGGAAGCUUCCUAGAUCAUUUGUGUUGCUUGCUCGCUCAGGGUCAGGCCUACUGCGUUAAGUGGUAACAGAAUUUUAGGUAAUCUAACCUUAACUUGAUAGGUGCUGAGUGCAAACUAUAGAUUCUGUAUAGAAACUAGCAUUUACUGGGAGGUAUCUGUCAGCUGUCAAGUACUUUUCCAAGUAGCUCUGUUCAAGAAUGCAACUUCUGGGUGAGACUAAGUCACUUUGGAUACGGUUAGGGAGAAGGCUUGGGUGAUGAAAGAUUUUAGCUAAUCUACAUGCUGUUGCUAAAAUUUUUCCCCCAAAACUGCAUAACUUGAAUAUGGAGUAAAUUGUUCCCUGGCAAAUACCGGUGUCAGCAUUUUUCUCUUCGGUGUCAGCAUUUUUUCAAAAAUCAAGGACUGGCAUAUUUAUAGAUUUAGGAAAACUAAACCAAGAUAUGAAUCUUGAAUUUUAUGAAGCCAGGAUUCAGUGCUGUUGGAUUUCAAUAACGUAUGGGCACAUGGGCACAUUCCCAGGAAAUGUGAAAGGGCCCUGACGGAAUCUGAUGUGGUAUGAAAAAUAAUUCCUCUUUCACCGGACACACAGGGCCCUAAAAUGUUCUUUUGGGAUGAACCAUUUUUUAGACCUUUGUCUUUUCCUUCUAACGAAGACCUAUUAAAAAUUGAAUUUACUUUGUUCCAGACUUAGGGGACAUAGUUCAUGGGUAGAGCAUUUGAUUGCAGGUUAAAAUUUCAUUAAGGUCUGUAUUCCAAUAGUGAAAAAAUGAAGUUUGAAUUGAGCUAGUAGGCUAUUCUUACAUGCUCUUAAUGCUUUAGGGAACAUAACCUUUAUACCUAUAAAAAUGCCUUAUCAUCCUAGUAGUGAUUAGUUUCCAACCCCACGUUUGUCAACCUUUUCCUUUCAGUGACCCCUAUAUUCUGACCCGAAGUUGACUCAAUUUCCCAUUCAUUAAGAUGGCUUGCAUUGCCUUCUAGAAUUAAAGCCAGAGAGCAUUUUCAGUG